AUGGCUGGUUUGGAUUUAGGCACAGCUUCACGCUUUGUUCAAAAUCUCCACAGACCAGACUUCAACCAACAACAACAAGAAUCCCAAGAUGAUGCCAACCAACCAGACCCCUUUUCCACCGAAGAUGGACCCCACCAAGGAUUCGACCUCACCUCCGCCGGUCCCGGCGAUAUCGUUGGCCGUCGACCACGGGGACGCCCGCCGGGCUCCAAGAACAAACCGAAGCCGCCGGUCAUCAUAACGAGGGAGAGCGCAAACACGCUUCGGGCUCAUAUUCUCGAAGUUGGCAACGGCUGCGACGUGUUCGACUGCGUCUCCACCUACGCACGGCGGCGCCAGCGGGGGAUCUGUAUUCUGAGUGGGAGUGGCACCGUCACCAAUGUCAGCUUGAGGCAGCCAGCAUCAGCGGGAGCCAUCGUCACCCUACACGGAAGGUUCGAGAUAUUGUCACUCUCCGGAUCUUUCCUACCUCCUCCGGCUCCGCCAGGCGCGACGAGCCUCACCAUAUACCUUGCCGGAGGGCAAGGACAAGUGGUGGGUGGGAGUGUGGUCGGCGAGUUGACCGCAGCGGGACCCGUGACUGUAAUCGCAGCUUCGUUCACUAACGUGGCUUAUGAGAGGUUACCUUUGGAUGAGGAAGAACAACUUCAGAUACAACCGCCGUCAGGAGGUGGUCAGAGUUCCGGCGGAGGAGGCGGCGGUGGUUUGGGGAACAACCCAUUUCCUGACCCAUCGUCUGGACUUCCCUUCUUCAAUUUGCCGCUUCAGACUAUGCAGAAUGUUCAGUUACCAGUGGAUGGUUGGGCGGGAAAACCAUAUUGA